AUGGCCUGGAAUUGUUGGGGUUUGGGGAAUACCCCAACAAUAAGAGCUUUAAAAACAUUCCUCAGAGGUACUGAUCCAUCAAUCUUAUUCCUGUCUGAAACUAAAAUGUUUGAGCAAGUGACUUUACAUCGUAUAUCUCAAUUUGGUUUUCAAAAUCAUUGUAUUGUUGCUUCUGUGGGAAGAAGUAGAGGGCUCUGGAUACUUUGGAAAGAUGAUCUAAACAUUGAAAUAAUUUCUCAGUCUUCUAAUCUUAUUCAUGUAAUUGUUCAAGGCGGUGAUGGAAGGGAUUCUUGGCAUUUAUUUUGCUUAUAUGGCUCUCCUGUUGCAUCUCAUAGAUCCACUUUAUGGCAAAACAUGAAUUCUUAUGCUCAGAAGUUCGAUGGUCCUAGAUGUUUCAUAGGUGAUUUCAACGCUAUUGUCUGUAAUGAUGAAAAGUUUGGUGGUCUUCUGGUGUUAAACUCUAAUAUCUCUUAUUUUAAUGAUUUCAUUCAAAUGAAUCACCUGAUAGAUUUGGGAUAUAAGGGCCCUGCCUAUACGUGGACAAAUGGAAGAGAAAUUAAAGGCUUAAUUAGACAGCGUCUUGAUAGGGUUCUAGCAAAUCCGGAAUGGUGUAGUUGUUUCCAUAAUGCAGCAGUUCUUCAUCUUCCCAGGAUUGAGAGUGAUCACGCUCCAAUUCUAUUAAAUACAUGCAGGAACAUUGCAAGAGCGCCGCCAAAUUACAAAUUUGAAGCGCAUUGGCUUUCGCAUCCUGAAUUUCUUUAA